AUUCUUUCUUUUGGCCUCCAAUCGCUGUGGAUGUCCUGCGCUACAGAUGUUGUGCGCUCCCUGCGCAGACUUAAAUGUAAUGUAAAUGUUAAAUGCAGUGUUAUGAUACGGACAAACGGCCUUUAGCACCGCAUAUUUUUUAAAGAAGCAAAGGUGCUCACCUGUGAUUCGAGAUGAUUGGAUAUGAAACAAUUAUGCUUUUUCUUUUGCGUUAUGUUUUUUUGUGUUGAAAUAAGGGCCUCUCAUCCGUCGUGAAAAUAGCUCUGAGGGAUGCCAUUUAACUGCGUAAACAUAAUGGCUUUGGCUGAGCAUCAUCGACUCAUUACGUGUGUGCUGCUGUUCUGUAUAGUGACUAGCAUUCAAACCCGGUUCUCUCAAACAUUAGACUUGAAAUCUAAAAUAUCGGGGGUGGAGGAGCUCUUAGAGGAAUUCCGCAAGCAGCUCCAACAGGACCAGACGUAUACCAGGGAGGAGGAAGAGGUAGUUGACGUCUGUCUGUCUGAUUUCAACGCCGUAGAGGAGCACAUCAUCCGAGCGACUGCCUCCAUUGAGCAGGGAGCCACCUUCCUCUCGGCUCCUGACCGGGUGUACAGUUGGAAAGACUGUCUCCAUGCCUGCUGUGCAGAUCCUCACUGCACGGUGGCGGUGGUCCAGGAGGACAUGAGACAAUCGGACGACAGCCUCAGCUGCUAUUUGUUCAGCUGCACCUAUAGAAAUAAAAACGUUUGUUCAUUCGCAGCACAGGCAGGGUUUAGCACCUACAGUCGGGCUCACAAUACAACAGGACACCUCAUCUCCUCCAGUGGCAGUGGAGAUGUCAACAGAUUGGUCAAUUUGAUUAGGAGACCUGAGGAAAACCCUAGAGUUGAUGAUGGCACUCAAAUGCCAGACAUGGACGAGCCGCCCCGCAGUAAUGCCGGCCAGGAUGUAGUUAUCCAGCUGCCCACUGACUGUGCGGUACUGGACGGCCGGGACAGUGUGGCCGACCAUGGGGUCACCCGCUACGAAUGGGCCCUGGUGAAGGGUGAACCGGCCAUCAACAUGAAGGUGACCCAGCCAGGGUUACUGAAAAUCAGUGGUCUACAGGAGGGUUCCUUUACCUUCCAGAUGACUGUCACAGACACCGCGGGACAGAAGAGCUCAGACAAUGUCACUGUGACAGUGCUGGCUCCAGAACACCAAGCUGAAGUUGAUGGGAACAGGAAGUCAAUGACCCACCCUGCAGGUCUACCCAGUCCACACAAGCCUGUGGCCCAGCCAGAGGAGACUGAGGACCACUCCAUGGCCCAGGGUGGACCCAGGAAGACCAUGGAGGAGGCCAGACCAACUCCACCACAAGCCCCACAGACUCCACAGUCUGGUGACUGGAGCAAGGCAGUGCCCCAAGUCCUACCACUGCCAAGUCACAGUGAACAGGAGAGCCCUGUCCGUCAAGAGCCCUGUGCAGCGCCCCCUGCUGUGGGGCCAUGUAAAGGCAUCUUCCCACGCUGGUUCUAUGACCCUGUGGCUGAAGAGUGCAAGCAUUUCAUCUACAGAGGCUGCAAGGGCAACCACAACAACUUCCUGCAGGUGGCAGACUGCGUCAAUGAAUGUAUAAAAAGAACAGGUCCCGCUAACAAGCAAACGACAUUGGCACCUCCCCCCACCACCAAACACAUAGAGACAGUCUUACCCAGUACAUUUCCUGCAGAGGCCCCUAAAGUGACCAUGAAGUGGCCAGAGAUCAAACCACUACCAGAGCGUGACAUGUUCCCAAUAUCCAAACCACAUUCAGUAAUGGGAGGACACCCAGGGCCUGAGUCAGGUGCUAUACUGCCAUUGGCUCUAGGCCUGAUUAUCACGGCUUUGCUGCUGCUCAUGAUUGGCUGUCGCCUGCGGUUGGUCCGCCACAAGCUGAAGAAGGCCCGACCCCUCACCACUGAGGAGUCUGAUUACCUCAUCAACGGCAUGUACCUGUAGCAGCAUAGACAGGGAUGAAUGCUCCACAGAACUAGAAUGAGAGGUUCCAAGUCCCUUCAAUUCAUUCUAUUUAUAUGGGAAACCCCAACACUGUCAGCCAGGUGGAGUCUUCAUGAUUACCGAACAAACUUUCUACAUCACGACUGUGUACGACUUCUUCAGGUGCACUCGAUUUAGAUAACUCCACGUGCGAGGUAGGCGGCGAUCACUCUUUGGAAUGGUCCCAAAAGUGCAAACUCUACCCACACAGCACUCCAGGUGAGCUAAAUCAAACACAGCAUUUAACAGGAAAUACAUGUUUUUUUUUGUACACUUAGUGUACAAACCGAUGCUUGUCUGCACUUAGGUUUGGAAAGAGAUGCUUUCCUUUUUCUUUCACCCUUAAGGAUAUUAUUUUAAUAUUACAACAAAAUGUCAGUCAUGGAUAUAUAUUUUCGUGGAGAUAUAUGGUACUUUAUCCAUUAUGUAAUACUCUUGCCACUGUUGUGCUAUGAUGCUGUAUAUCUAUUAGGCUUGGCGUAGAAUUUAACUUUUUACCAGACUACUUUGAAAUAUGGGGAUAGCGAGAUAUGUAAUUUAUUGUCAAUUCCAAUCAUUACUGAAAAUUAUUAUUUUGUUAUAAAACCAAGUAAUUCCAGAAAAGCCCAUAUCAAGCAUUCUAGGAUGUGUCUGAUAUGGUAUGUUGCUUUUCUUUAUCAUCUAUGUAGUUUCAAUGUUGAUGUAUCUCAAAAGUCUGUAUGCACAGUUUGUGUGAGACAGUAAAGUUAACUCUUGA